GAAGUGUUCGGAUAUAGGGAAAGAGUUGUUUUCAUUUUUCAACCUAACCAACAAAAGUGAAAAUGUUUUUCCGGGUAUUUUUAGUAAGUUUAUUAUUGUUUGGACACAUUUUGGCUGGGCCAGAAGAGAAGGAAGGAGUAAAAUAUGCGGACAAAUGUGAAGCUUGCAAGAUUCUAGCGACAGAACUCCAGGCACGUCUUACAGAAACUGGAAAAUCUCACGAUGUGAUAGAGAUUGGGUAUUCUGUGGAUGAUGUGAAGCCAAAGAAAAGAACAUCGUACAAGAGAAGUGAAUUGCGACUUCUGGAAUCACUGGAAAAUGUUUGCGAGAGGAUUCUGGAGUAUAAUAUCCACAAGGAACGAGAGGAUAGCACGAGAUUUGCCAAAGGGAUGUCACAGACCUUCAAGACUCUUCAUGGUCUAGUUGAUAAGGGAGUGAAAGUUGAUCUAGGCAUACCUCUUGAAUUAUGGGAUAAACCAUCGGCUGAAAUAACCAAUUUAAAAUCCCAAUGCGAGAGUCUUCUGGAAGAGUAUGAGGGUACCAUUGAAUCCUGGUAUUUUAAGCAUCAAGACAAUGUGCCACUAAUGCAGUAUCUGUGCGAGGAAAGGGCUCUAGUCGGACAGAAUCACAAAUGUCUGUAUGAAGUUACUCAGGAAAAGGGAGAUACCGGCCAGAAAGAUGAAUUGUGAUUUUAAAAUAAAAUUGACUGAUCCUUCAA